GCGGUGGGCAUCUCAGAAGCCCUGGCGGGGUCAGCUGCCGGAGGGCUCUCAGGACCGGCACUCCCCACUGGUCCCAACACAGGAUUCUAGUCGGCUUCCAGCCGGGCUCUGGCCUGCAGGAACCUCGCGGGGCCCCUUCUGGGCCUCGAUGGAGCUCCACCCGCCACCUUUGCAGCCCUUCCUGUUACUACUGCUGUUGCUGCCGGCGGUGCCCACGACGGGUGGGUCCUGGCAGUGCCCGCGCGUCCCCUACGCUGCUUCCCGCGACUUUGAAGUGGAGUACUUGGUGCCCAGUUUCUCCGCCGGCGGUCCGGUACAGGCCGUGGCGACCUAUGAGGGCGGCGGGGAAGAGAGUGCCAUGUUUGUGGCCAUACGCAAUCGCCUGCACAUGCUUGGGCCUGACCUGCAACCAAUUGAGAGCCUGGCCACGGGCCCUGUCGGGGACCCAGACUGCCGGACGUGUGCGGCCUGUGGCCCGGGCCCCUACGGCCCGCGGGAGGAUACAGAUGCGCAGGUGCUAGUGCUGGAGCCAGCGCUGCCCGCAUUGAUCAGUUGUGGCUCCAGCCUUCAUGGUCGCUGCUUCCUGCAUGAGCUAGAGCCCCAAGGGGCAGCCCUGCACCUGGCACCACCAGCCUGCCUUUUCUCUGCACACCACAAUCGGCCCGAGGACUGUCCCGACUGUGUGGCCAGCCCUCUGGGCACCCUUGUGACAGUGGUUGAGCAGGGCCAUGCCUCCUACUUCUACGUGGCAUCCUCGCUGAACUCAACAGUGGCCGCCAGCUUCAGCCCCGGCUCAGUGUCCAUCCGGCGCCUCAAGGCUGACGCCUCAGGAUUUGCACCAGGCUUUGCAGCACUGUCAGUGCUGCCCGAGCACCUCGCUUCCUACCGCAUCGAAUAUGUGUACAGUUUCCACACAGGAGCCUUCGUCUACUUCCUGACAGUGCAGCCAGCCAACGUGGCAGCCGCUCCCGGCGCCUUACACACACGUGUGGCACGGCUCAGUGCUGUAGAGACCGACCUGGGCAACUACCGCGAGAUGGUCCUUGACUGCAGUUUUGAGCCUAAACGCCGGCGACGCGCGGCCCAUGAGGGAGGGCAUCCCUACCCAGUGCUGAGGGCAGCCCAUGCCGCUCCUGUGGGCAGCAGAUUGGCUGCUGAACUGAGCAUCGCCGAGGGCCAGGAAGUGCUAUUUGGGGUCUUCUCGGCUAGCAGGGACAGCAAGCCUGUUGUGGAUCCCAGCUCUGUCGUCUGUGCCUUCCCGGUUGAUCUGCUGAACACUCUCAUUGAUCAGGGAGUAGAGCGCUGCUGUGAGCCUCCAGUCCACCCUGGCCUCCGCCGAGACCUUGACUUCUUUCAAUUGCCCAGUUUCUGCCCUCACCCGGUCUUCCAGGUACCUAUCCGGGGCCCUGGCUGCCGCCACUUCCUCACCUGUUGGCGUUGCCUGCGGGCACAGCGUUUCAUGGGCUGUGGAUGGUGUGGGGGCAUGUGUGGCCGGCAGAAGGAGUGUCCUGGCCCCUGGCAACAGGACCAUUGCCCACCAGAGCUUACUGAGUUCCACCCCCAGAGUGGACCCCUGAGGGGCAGCACAAGGCUAACCCUGUGUGGCUCCAACUUCAACCUACACCCUACUGGCCUGGUGCCUAAAGACACCCAUCAGGUCACCGUGGGUCAAAGUCCCUGCCGACUGCUGCAUAAGGACAGCUCAAACCUCAGCCAAGUGCCCCGGAAGUACUUUGUAGAGGAGCUUGAGUGUGAGCUGGAGCCCUUGGUCAUGCAGGUAGCUGGGCCUGCCAACGUCAGCCUCACCGUGUCCAACGUGCCACUGGGCAGGCAUUUCCGGGUGGAUGGCACCUCCAUGCUUCAAGGCUUCUCUUUCGUGGAGCCGGUGCUGAGAACAGUACAACCCCUCUUUGGCCCACGGGCAGGGGGAACCUCCCUCACCCUUGAAGGCCAAGGCCUGUCUGUAGGCACCAGCCGGGCUGUGCUCAUCAAUGGGACUGAGUGCCCGCUGAAACGGGUCAGCGAGGGGCAGCUUUUAUGUACCACGCCCCCAGGGGCCGCUACUGCCAGCGUUCCCAUUCGCCUGCAGGUAGGGGGUGCCAAGGUGCCUGGCUCCUGGAACUUCCACUACAAGGAAGACCCCAUCAUGCUGGGCAUCAGCCCCAACUGUGGCUACACUGGCUCCUAUGUGACCAUCCGUGGCCAGCACCUGACUUCAGUGCGGCACCUCAUGGUGUCAUUCCAUGAUGGGCUUAAGGCAGUGGAGAACAGGCAGUGUGAAGGGCAGCUCCCGGAGCAGCACUGGUGCCGCCUGCCUGAAUACGUGGUCCGAGGUCCUCAGGGGUGGGUGAUGGGGAACCUGAGUGUCCAGGGGGAUGGGGCUCCUGGCUUCACACUGCCUGGCUUUCGCUUCCUGCCCCCACCCUACCCACCCAGCACAGACCUGGCCCCGCUGAAGCCUGAGGAGCAUGCCAUUAAGUUUGAGUAUAUUGGGCUGGGUGCUGUGGCUGACUGUGUGGAUGUGAACGUGACCGUGGGAGGUGAGAGCUGCCGGCAUGAGCUCCGAGGCGAUGUGGUCGUCUGCCCCCUGCCCCUCUCCCUGCAACUUGGCAAGGAUGGUGCUCCACUGCAGGUCUGCGUGGAUGGUGGGUGUCACAUCCUGGGCAGGGUAGUGCGGCCAGGUCUGGAAGGGGUCCCCCAGAGCAUGCUCCUCUGUGUCCUGCUGGCCCUGCUCCUGCUUGUGGGUGUACUGGCUGCCGUACUGGUCUUCAGUUACUACCGGAGGAAACAGCUAGUCCUUUCUCCGAAUCUGGAUGAUUUGGCAUCCCUGGACAGGACCACUGGAGACUUACCUCUGCCUAUUCUCCGCUCAGGCUCUGACUACAGAAAUGGCCUCGCAUCCCCUGCCAUCAGUGACCUGGGUUCUACCACUCGGAUCCACAGAGCAUCCUUUUCAGACAGUGGGGUCGGAUCCCAUGUCCCACUGCUGAGGAAAGAGUCCAUCCAACUCGGGGACCUGAACCCCACGCUCCUGGCCGAGGUUAAGGAUGUGCUGAUUCCCCAUGAACGGGUGCUCACCCACACUGACCGAGUCAUUGGCAAAGGCCAUUUUGGAGUCGUCUACCAUGGAGAAUACAUAGACGAGGCCCAGAAUCAAGUCCACUGUGCCAUCAAGUCGCUGAGUCGCAUCACAGAAGUGCAGGAGGUGGAGGCCUUCCUGCGCGAGGGGCUGCUCAUGCGGGGUCUGCACCACCCAAACGUGCUGGCUCUCAUUGGGAUCGUGCUUCCGCCUGAAGGGCUGCCUCGUGUGCUGCUGCCCUACAUGCGCCACGGAGACCUGCUCCAGUUCAUCCGCUCACCCCAGCGGAACCCCACGGUGAAGGACCUCAUCAGCUUUGGCCUGCAGGUGGCCCGCGGCAUGGAGUACCUGGCAGAGCAGAAGUUUGUGCACAGGGACCUGGCUGCUCGGAACUGCAUGCUGGAUGAGUCAUUCACGGUCAAGGUGGCUGAUUUUGGUCUGGCCCGCGACGUCCUGGACAAGGAAUACUACAGUGUCCAACAGCACCGCCACGCUCGCCUACCUGUCAAAUGGAUGGCUCUCGAGAGCCUACAGACCUACAGAUUCACCACCAAGUCUGAUGUGUGGUCGUUUGGUGUGCUGUUAUGGGAGCUGCUGACACGGGGUGCCCCACCAUACUCCCACAUUGACCCUUUUGACCUUGCUCACUUCCUGGCCCAGGGUCGCCGCCUGCCCCAGCCUGAGUAUUGCCCCGAUUCUCUGUAUGCAGUGAUGCAGCACUGCUGGGCUGCAGAUCCUGCAGCAAGACCCACCUUCGGAGUGCUGGCAGGGGAAGUGGAGCGCAUGGUCGCCACGCUGCGAGGAGACCAUUACGUGCAGCUGCCCGUGGCCUAUGUGAACGUGGGUCCUGGCACCUCUGACAAGGCAAACCUGUCAUCGGAACAGUCGCCGUCCCCUCCAGUGCACAGGAGCACAGGGCGGCCCCGGCCCCUCUCAGAGCCACCAAGGCCCACGUGACCUCAGCCCCAGGCAGGACCUGAGGGAUUGGACCUGUGUAAUGGUGGGAGUUAACCCAAGCUGCCUCUGGGCUGGCCUCUGCCCCUGUCCCUGCCUCUCAGCCUUCAGGGGCAUGGGAAGGUGCAAGGCACAAUGGCCUCUCACUCCACAGAGGGAACCAGUGAGGGGAUCCUUGAUGCAGUAUUUAUGGAAUGUCUGCUGUGUGCCUGGCUGCUGGGCACAGGGGACUCAAUGGUGACCACUGGCCCUUGAAUCAGUAAAUGAAUAAAUGAGUAUUCAAGUUCAAA